AUGCACCCUACCCCUCAUCUGUCACCGACCAGCGAACUCCACUCAAUCCCCUACGCAGCAGCGCAACCAGACCCGCUGCGGGGCGAGGAUGAGCUCGCAGCCGCAGAACUCGGCGCCGCUGAAGCGACGGAUGUCACGCGUCGGCUGGCGAUCGUGCUCGAAGCAAUACGGACCGCGGGGUUUCAGGACUUCGAUGACACGGCGGUUGCGUACUACACCGCGCGAUUGGACAAAGGGAGCUUCCCGGCCAUGGUACAAUGCGCCAGCCGUGGCCGUCGAUUGAAGACGAUGCUACAGACCGUCCAGCGGAGUAGCCAGCAGUGGCUGCGGUGGGAGUCACAAGGGCUCCAGGAGAGUAUCUGCAAAGGCUCAGCAACCCUCUGCGUGGCCGAGCUGAACCGUUUCAGUAAUCGCAGCGUACAGGUUUGCGGCGAGAACGAGCCGGCCUCCCUCAUCACAGCGCUGGAGUCGCUACUGUCUAGUCACAAGGUGGGCAUGUUCGGAGAGACGGGGAUCCAAAGCCUGACCCCACCAGAAGAAUCGGGACUCUUGGAGCAGAUGGAGAACGCACCGGAUUUGAUGCCGUUUCUCUGGUCGCUGCUGACGGAGUUCGCCGGCACGAGGAGCGUGUAUUGCGACAGAGUCGCACGCCUUAUCCUUGCGAUCCUGCUGUAUGCUAGGAGUGCCCAAUAG